GUUCUCAUUUAGAGGUCACUCCCACCAAUGAAGAACAUGUCAUAUUCAUAGAUGUCUAUCUUCUUGCAUCUAGAAUGAAAUUUAAAAGGUUUGAUUUGAUCACAGAUGCAAACCAUAAAAGAAGAACCACUCUUUCGAUGCCAUGCAACCUAAAUUUUAACAUUUUACAAUUUGUUUUGUUACUUUGCUUUGACAUGUUCUCUGAAUGUUUUCUUAUGUUGAUUAUCAAUUCCUAUACAUGUAGAUGGAUUCUGCUCAAGUCCUCCGUGUUGCAAUAGAUUUAGGAGAGGAUAUUUUAAAUUAUGCCAAUAUCCACAAUGGAAGCUCAGGGCAUAAUGAUAAUAUGUUUUCAACGUUUGGUUAUCCUGCAUCUGGUGAUGCUAUUAGCUAUAGUCAGAACCCUAUUCAAAGUCAAGUUGUUGUUCAAAGUGAACCCAAAACCACAAAGAAAGCUAAAAGAGCCAAGAAUUUCUCCAUUCAAGAAGACAACCUUCUUGUGUCUGCCUGGCUCAAUACUACCCUUGAUCCAGCAAUAGGAAAUUAUCAAAAAGGUGCUGCUUAUUGGAAAAGAAUUUGGGAGUAUUUCUAUGAGGAGAAGAACUUUGAACUGGAGUGUGAUCGUAAUCAGGGUUCACUCAUGCAUCGCUGGUCUGGAAUUCAACUAGAUGUGCACAAAUUUUGUGGCUAUUAUGCUGAAAUUGAAAGGACAAGAGCAAGAUUGUGGAAGCCAAACAAAAGUUUAGGAGGGAGCGAGGAUACAACUUUACAUAUAAGCAUUGUUGGCAUGUGUUGAAGUUCCACCCGAAAUGGAACUUGGAACUCUCUAGGAAAAAACCAAAGAAAACUCAUGCUACGGUUCCUGCUACUUCGUCUCCUAUCACUCCAUCUGCUAGCCCAGAUACAAUAGAUUUAGCUGAUGGCAAUGUUGAAGGCAAUGAGCCUCCAUGCUUGGAGAGGCCUAUAGGCAAAAAGGCUGCCAAGACCUUGGCAAGGAAGGCAAAAGCUAAAGAGAAAGUGGAAGCAGCCCAAUAUGAAUUAGGAGACUAUUAUGCUCUGAAAGUUGAACAUGCUCAUAAGGAGGAUGAGCAAUUUCAACUGAUGUAUGAUGCAGAAUAAGAGAACAUUAAGCUGAGGAAACAAGAACUUGAAAUUCAAGUUCGAAAAGAGGAUAAUGCAAUAAUGGCAAUUGAUACUUCUACAAUGGAACCAAUGCAGGCAGAAUAUUUUAGAGGACUUCAACAGGAAAUCAUAGCAAAAAGAGUUGCUAACGGAAACUAGUUUGGAGUCACCUGUGAAGUGCGAACUAGAUGUCAGUUCAUUUUUUUGUGCAAAUCUCUUUCUUUUCUCAUUUUUUGUUGCUUUGAAAGUUGUACAUUUUCAGCUACAUUGAGAGCUGAUGAUGUACUUCUAUCUUUAGUACUGUUCUCUUCAUAAGACUUGAAAGAAUUUCAAUAAUUUCUUUAUUCUCUUUAAGUUUUGAAAUAAUGACAGAUUCAUUCAAGAUUACUUAG